AUGACUUGCCUGUUACCUACAAUAACUUAUGGAGCCGAGUGCUGGAGUCUCACAGUGAAAGCCAGAUGGAAGUUGAUUAGAACGGUCAGAAAGAUGGAAAGAAUGAUGUUGGGAAUAACAUGGAGAGAUAAAAGAAGAAGUGCUGAGAUCAGAAGAAGGACGGGACUCAAGAGCGCCAGUCUUGUAGCGACUGAGAAGAAGUGGAACUGUGCUUGGAAGAUGUUGACAGCACAAGAUGAACGAUGGAUAAAGAAGAUCAUAAUGUGGAUCCCCCCAGGCAAGAGACCCGUUGGAAGACCGAGACUACGAUGGACAGACGAAUUUAGAAAGACAAUUGGACAUAAUUGGAUGGAGAAGCAAGAUCCUAACACAUGGCAAUCCGGUAUGAGAACCUACAUCAGUUCUAUUGAAUACAAUAUAUUCUGA